UGCAUCAAAAUGGCGAUUCUAGCCUGGCGAUACACAACAAAGAACAUCAUUUACAGUAAUUUAACCGCCAAAACAACGGAGGUACAUAAGAAAUAUUAUUUAUAACAUUUUUAGUAAACAAAUAAUAGCAAUUUUAUUCUUAUAAGUUUUGAAUGAAUCCUUGAAAGUUUCAAUAAACGUGUGUUGCUUUUAUCGAGAGUUCUUGAAGAAGUUAACUACUAACCUGUCUUGAAAACAAUUUUGAAUUAUUAAAAAACAAUGAAAAUUAAAUGAAGACUGAAAUGGAUAGCCAAAUAAGGAAGUCUUUUGAUUUGGAUGAGUUUGAUUCGGAUUUCGAAGAUUCUUCACCAAACCAGAAGGGAACAAAUAACGUAUCAGAACCAAUUACCAAGUCAUCAUCUAUUUUGUCGAUAAGUAGUGAUGAUUCGAAUGUGGAAAACCAAGAUACUCCAGUAGUUACGCGAAAAAGAAAAGCAGUGGGAAUAAUUAGCCUUGAUUCAGACAGUGAAGAUGAUUUUCAAACUACAAAUAAUCACACCACUAAUAAAAGUUCUCAGAACUCUCAAUCGCACACACCAGUGAAACUAGCUAAGACGUCUUCUUCUUUAAAAAAUAAUUUAAAAAUGCCUGACUCAAGCAAAAGUGUUGAAACAGAAACAAAAGCUGAUUCGAAGCCACAAUUUGCUGUUAAGAAGCCUUCAAAUGUAAUCAAAAAUGUGCCUAAGACUCCUAGUCCUAAGAAAAAUCAUCAAGAAUGGAAAGGACCUGAUUUUAAAUUAAAUUUAUUACCGUUGGGUGUUAAUAAGCAUCUUAACUCUUGGAUCAAGACUGAACAAAAGUCAGAAAUCAUGUCAGCUAAUCCUACUCUUGAAUUUGAUCUCCAUAUACAUAGUCAACAAUUAAAUAAUCUCUACAUAAAUAUUCAUGAAAAGUUUUAUUCAAUUUUAGAAAAAAUUCCUCUAGAAGUACUAGAAAAGUUUCCUGAAUUCGAUUCUGCCGUUUUUAGCAAUCUCAAAACUUUUAAGCAACAUGUCCGAGCUAAAAGAAUAAUAGCAGAGAAAAAAAUACGACAGAUUCAAAGUCCAGAGCAUCAAGGAAGUAUUGAGUCUUCAUCUUCACCACCACUACAUUGGGCUGAAAGUCCAGAGCAACGAGGAGUUCAGGAAGCUUCAUCAUCAUCACCAAUACGUCAGGUUCAAAGCCCGGGGCAACGAGAAAAUAAAAUAGUUUCAUCUCCACCGGCGUCAAAGCCAUCAACAGCAACUAAUCAUCAACCUUCAUCUAAAUCAACGCCUUCAGUUCCUCAAAAAAGCACUGUGAGUAAGGGUACUUUUCAGCUUAAAAGACCGGUAAAAGCAGUGAUUUCUGAAGAAGUUUCCAAGAAGAUUGAUGCAAUAAUUGCGAAAUCACCACCAGUGCAGCCUAAGACAUCUAUAACAAAAAUUUCAUCUUUCAAGCAAAAGACCAGCUCUCCAAAAAAAUCUAGAGACGACAGUUUUUGUGAUCUUGAUGAUUUUGAUGAUAGUUUCCUAGAUGUGAGGAAAGUGAAUCAAAGACCUAUGAGUGCUCAAUCACCACCAGUGCAAUCGAAUACAUUCAAAGUUAAAUCACCAAGCCCCAAGAAAAAAGUCAAUUCUCCAAAAAAAUCGAACGAAGAGAGUUUUUGUGAUCUAUCUGAUUUUGAUACGAGUUUUCAAGAUACAGAGAAAUUAAGUCAAAGAUCAUCAACUGAUGAAAUAAUGGCGAUGCCCUCUUUAAGUAAUAAUUUAUAUCAACCUCAAAGUGAUGUCCAGAGCAAAGUUAAGUCCAUGUUCGAAGCUCCACCUAAACCAACGGGAAAGUUUGUUGGAGAUAUUGUUAAUUCUGGUCUUACUGGAGAGUUUGAUGGAUUUAACUAUCCAUUCUCUGACGAACUUAGGAAAAUAUUUAGAACUAAAUUCGGUCUGUAUAAAUUUCGACCAAAUCAGCUGCAAGCCAUCAAUGCAGUUCUCACUGGUCAUGACUGUUUCGUACUGAUGCCGACUGGUGGAGGCAAAUCAUUGUGUUAUCAGCUUCCAGCAUUGCUCUCGAAAGGUAUCACCAUCGUGAUAUCUCCGUUAAAAAGUUUAGUCAUGGACCAAGUUCAAAAGCUUAACUCUCUAGACAUCAAAUCCUGUCAUCUUCUUGGAGAUGUUACUGAUACACAAGCCAAUGCUAUUUAUACAGAUUUAUUUAGAGAAACUCCAACUAUUAAACUUCUGUAUGUCACUCCAGAGAAAAUUUCAUCAUCAGUGAAAUUUUUUAAUCUUCUACAAAGACUUUAUCAGAAGAAUCUCAUAGCAAGAUUUGUGGUCGAUGAAGCACAUUGUGUUUCUCAAUGGGGUCAUGAUUUUAGGCCUGAUUAUAAGAAACUUGGAUGUUUAAAGACUCAUUUCCCCAAGGUUGGAAUUACUGCCUUGACUGCUACAGCAUCUCCAUUGAUCCGACAAGAUGUUAAACUUGGACUUGGAUUGAAAGAUCCAAAGUGGUUCUUAGGAAGCUUUAAUAGACCUAAUCUUAAAUACCAGGUUGUUGAUAAAAAAGGAUUAAAAUGUUGUGCUGAAGUUACGGCAUUGAUUCAACAAAAGUAUCACAAUUGCUGUGGUAUUGUUUACUGUUUUUCAAGAAAAGAUUGCGAUGAUUAUGCUCAUAACUUAAUACUCAAUGGCAUUAAAGCUGCAAGUUAUCAUGCAGGUUUGACGGAUAAACAGAGAAAUGAGGUUCAAUUAAAAUGGAGUGCAGAAAAAGUUAAAGUAGUUUGUGCAACCAUAGCUUUUGGUAUGGGAAUCGAUAAACCAAAUGUUAGAUUUGUUAUCCAUGCUGCUAUUCCUAAAUCUAUUGAAGGUUAUUAUCAAGAAAGUGGUCGCGCUGGUCGAGACGGUGAUAAUGCAGACUGUAUUCUAUUUUAUAAUUAUUCAGACACUGCCAGGUUGAAGAAAAUGAUUGUGAGUGAAAAUUCAAAUACUGUACAAAAACAUCUUGAUAAUUUAGCCAAGAUGGUGACGUUUUGUGAAAAUAGAGUUGAUUGUCGACGAAUGCUUCAACUUCAACAUUUUGGAGAAAUUUUUGAUAGAAGUGAAUGUUUAGCUAAUAAGUCUACGACAUGUGAUAACUGUAGAAAUAAGGAAUCAUUCACUAUAACUGAUGUUACUGAUGAUGCUAAAGCUGUUGUCUCAGCGGUUAGAGAUCUGACACACUCCAGAGGAGUUAAUCUUACAAUAAUUCUAUUGGGAAAAAUAUUUAAAGGAGCUAAUAUUGCAAAAAUUCGAGAUACAGGUAUAAACACACAUCCAUUGUAUGGUAGAGGCAGUUCUUGGCAGAUCAAUGAGAUUGAUAGAUUCCUACAUCAGCUUGUUGUAGAAAACUAUUUAAAAGAAGAACUUGAACAGGCAAGCAAUGAAAUAAUGAUUGCUCAUAUUAGACUUGGUGACAAAGCCAAGGAUUUAAUGACUAAAGAUAUUAAGGUGAUGUUUGCUGCUAAAGCUAAGACAACUAGCCAGAUCACUGUUACAACAGUUACAGCAUCUACCAAGCCCCAUAAUAAAGUUCUUAAAGAGCUGGAAGAUCAAUGUUAUGCUGCUCUUAUGCAAGACUUGACUAGUUUAGCUGAAACUUUAAAUCUCCAAUUAUCUUCGAUGAUCAAUCCAAUAGCUGUACGAGCAAUGAGCCAACAAAUGCCGAACACUAAAGAAGAAAUGUUAAAAAUUCCUCACGUAACAGAAGCUAUUUUUGAGAAAUACGGCAAGACUUGUCUAGAAGUUACAACACGAUAUGCGGCUGAGAAACAGGUUUUGAUGAUAGAACAGCAACAGAAAGAAAAUGAAGCUUUAGAACCAGCUGAAGCUUGGAUUGAUACUGAAGAAGCACCACAGACUUCAUAUAAAAGGGGUAAGAAACGUUAUCGUAAUAAUCGUAAAACUACAGGUAGUACAAAACGUCCUAGAACAACUGCCUCGAGUUCUGGAUCUAAAGGCAAAACUUGGAGCUCAAAGAAUUCUAGGCAGGCUAAGACUAAUGGAGGGCCGUCAUCACUUGGGAUGGUUGAAUUUACUCAAAAAAAACAAUUUCUUUCGGAUCCUCAUCGAUUUGCUAAUUUAGGAUUGUAAUAAAUUGUUAAAAAUAAUUUUAGAUCAAAAAUAUUAUAUUUAAAUAAUAAUUAUCAAUAAUUAAAUAUUAGUUUAUUGAAAUAUAUUUAACAAUAUCUCUAGUUAUUGACGACUCUUCAAGAGUCAUA